AUGAAGAAGCCUUGUUUGAUGUUUUUAUCGCCGCUUGCCUUUGUUAGCUCCUUGAACGCACCGUUAUCCUUUACAGGCACCUUCUCCGCAUCGCAAACACAAAUGAGUGAUGCGGUGGUCCUGAACGAUAAAUCGAUGGUGUACGCUUGGAAUGGCGCUUUGGUGCGUUUAGCUCAACGCAUCGUUACGAGCCGUGCUCAUGCGGAUGAGGUGCGUGCAAGCGGUAAAUAUUUUAAGAACCUGUUUGAUCAUGGCUUCGCACAAAACGGUGAUGAAGAGACGUGUUUGGGCACAAGGUUGUGCUGA